ACUCCUCGGCGGCGCAAGCGACUAAAGAGAAACACCAAACUUCUUCAAACUGGAUGAAAUAAAGUUAACGAAGAUAUCGUAUAUUCGGUAGUAACGUGAAAGGAAUUAUUCAGAAACUAUUGGGUGUUGACGUUCAAAGAAAAUCAGGGUGGAUUUGAGAACGCAAGAUCGCGAGGGCCUAUCAAAUAUGUCCUCCUCCUCGCAGGCAUCUUCCAGGCGGCAAUGGUGCUACCUUUGCGACUUGCCAAAGAUGCCUUGGGCUAUGAUCUGGGAUUUUAGCGAGGCCGUAUGUCGAGGGUGCGUCAACUACGAGGGUGCAGACAGAAUUGAGUUUCUCAUUGACACAGCACGGCAGCUAAAAAGAACACAUGUGAUGCAGGAUGGCAGGUCCCCCGGUCCUCAGCCUGGUAAACACGGGCCAGGUGGGAAGGAUGGACCUCUUGAAGGAGGUAGGCCACCUACAGAGCGUUUUGAGCGCGGAAGAGGAGAUUAUGGCGUGCCUGCUCGACUUCCUAAUGGACUGGCGAGAAUGGAGGAUGGGGGUCCUUCAGAAGUUAGCAGACAAAGUCCUAAUGCUAGAAGGCCUAUGGUUGGGCCAGUACCCCCCAACCUGAUGGCUCAGGGUCUUGUUGGACCUCCACAUGGCCUGUUGGCUGCAGUGCCAAGUCUGAAUGCCAGACCAGGUACUGCACCUUUGACCAUCUCCACUCCCAUGCUUAGUGAGAUUAGUAAGCGGCAAGCCUUGGGCAUGGGGAUGGGCAUGGUACCCUUUAUGAGCCCAGAGUUUGAGAAGGAGCUGAAGGAAAAGCAGAGGAACGCCGAAGCCUUGGCUGAGCUCUCAGAAAGUGUGCGGAACCGUGCGGAUGACUGGUCUGGACGUCCCAAAGCUGUGCGAGACACCUUGCUUACCCUAACCAGCUGCACUCCCUUUAACGUGCGCUUCAAAAAAGAACACAACCUGGUGGGAAGAGUGUUUGCCUUUGACGCUAAGCUGGGCUUAGAGUUUGAGCUGAAAGUUUUUGUCGAGUAUCCUUGUGGCUCAGGCAAUGUGUUCUCUAGCUUGCUGGGACUAGUCAAACAGAUGUUCCUUGACUGCCAGAAAGAUACUGGCAAGGUCAUUAACUCAGGCUACAAAUAUGUGGAGUACGAGAAGCGGCACGGCACAGGUGACUGGCGCCUUCUCUCUGAGUUGCUUAGCGACGCGGUGCGGGCCUUCAAAGAUGCUCCAGCGCCUGAUGCCCUCCCUCAGCCUUAUCUAGAUGCCAACUGUUCCAUGCUGCCCACCGCCCUUUGCCACAUAAGUCGCCCUGGGGCACCGCGGGCACGCAGGCGCAAGGCGUCGCCUGAACCAGAGGGCGGAGAAAGGAUUGGCACGGAAGAGCAGCUCCGCCAGCACUGGCCCUUGGGCACGUACCCAGGUAUGACUGCACACAUGUCCACCACCUCGCUCCAAGGCACAGGUCAGCCCCCAGCUCUCCCGGAGGGUUUGGUUUCCCACGGAACAGACCCCUCCCCUAUCACAGCACUGAUGAGCGUGGCAGAUAAUGUGUGCACGACCGGACAGUCACCGAAAGACGCUCCUAGCGGCAGUGGCAGUAGCUCUGGGAUUGCCCACUCGUCCUCCACUGGCAGACAGAACAGCAGCAGUCCCCUGGCUGCCUCGCCAGCAGGCCAGCGUCGCCUUGCAUCACGAAACGGGGACACCUCGGCCAGCAGCAGCUCGGCGGGAGCGGCGUCGGCCGUGGCAAUGCCCUCAGCAGGAGCGGCAGACCAAGGCGCGGUAACGGGCGGUGAGUCAACAGGAGCAGGAGGUACCCCUCUCUGCUGUACCAUCUGUCAUGAGCGGCUGGAAGACACACACUUUGUCCAGUGCCCGUCUGUGGGUGGACAUAAGUUCUGCUUCCCCUGCACCAGGGACUUCAUCCGUAGGCAGGGCUCAGGAAGUGAGGUGUACUGCCCCAGUGGGGAGAAGUGUCCUCUGGUGGGCUCUAACGUGCCCUGGGCAUUCAUGCAGGGAGAGAUCUCCACCAUCUUGGCUGGAGAUGUAAAAGUGAAGAAAGAGCGUGACCCUUAACAGCCCCUGGCAGAUUGCAGCCUGCACUUGAUACCCUGAUCCCCAAAGAUGGUCAUGCGACAGCAUGGCCUACAGCACUGAAGAGACGACCACAAACUCGCUGGUCCUCUUCCUCAAUCACCCGCUGUCCCUCUCUCCUCUCCUUCCUCUCCUCUCCUCUCCUCCCCAGCUGUGGUAAAGGAGAGCUUAGCCAUCAUUAGCACAGGAGGUUAGCCACACUCAGGGACCUCCUACACUACAGUCAGAUAUCCUAAUCGCCUCCCAAAUGUUUGUCUGUGUGUGCUGUCAGGAGUCAUAGCAGUGCCCCAUAUGAAAUCUUCUGGGGCCCUAACUCCAUUCUAAUGAAACUAACUGCUUCUCAAACAGAAGUGCACCUCAAAGAAUAACACAGAAUACCAGGAUGAAUGAUGACUUCUUUGAAUGUCCUACCACCAGACAGACAUGGAUUGUACAGAAAGUUUGUUUUCAAGAUAUUCCCACCACCGGCACCACAGAACUGUACUGACGUCAGCUCUGAAACUCACUCUCUAUUGUUUGUCUAUGCUGCAUACAGCUGUCCAAGUGACUGGGAUAUAUUAUAAGUGC